GCCAUUACUGGACUUUUACGAGAAGCACUGACUUUUACACUUGACGGCUUACAUUGACAUUUAAACAUGAAUUAUGUGCGGAGGUACGGAAUUGACAAAUAGAUUAGAAAACCUUACUAGUGGACAUAGGUAGGGUGUUAGGGGCACUUACAUGAUUUACCGGUAUGCAAUCAACACGAGAGAUGACGGGAGGUAGAAUAACAUAACUUAAAAUACCUUAUUCGUGAGGGGUAGUACCUCCUUUCAAUCUUAUUUUAUGACGGAAUCAAAUAAGGAAGAAAAAACGUUCCGAUAGGAUAACUUGGCAGGAGUAUGUCAUGGUGGGAAAGGGACGGGUUUAGUACAGGGCGUUUCUUGUUCCCCUCCUUAGACAAUGUAUUAUGUGCUUUGAAAUGUCAAUCAUUAUCCUUUAAUUAACGGUUUAGCUAAAUAUUUAUAUCGCAAAAGAGCUGCCGUAUAUUGUCCCAGUGUAAAAGUAAGUCGUCGAUUGUAAAAGUCAGCGCUUCUCGCAAAAGUCCACUGGCAUUACAUCAGGUUGAGUCAUGGACCCCCGUACCAGUGCCCAGGAUGUGAAGCGAUGUGACCUGUGUGAGACCGCUGUGCUACAGAUGCACUGUGAUACAUGUCUUGUCAACCUGUGUAAGGCCUGUGUGGGAGAACACUUUUCUGCUGAUCUCUCAAAACCUCAUAAAAUUGUUGACUUUAAGGACAGAAAGUCUACUCUUAUUCACCCCAGAUGUGCCUCUCAUGGUGAGGAAACAUGUGAGAUGUACUGUACUCACUGUGAUGUUCCUGUCUGUAGUAUUUGUCUUGCAUCAGAUCAACAUCUCGGGCAUAAAUUAGUAAGGAUACAGCAAAUCCGAGACGAGAAAAGGGAUAAACUCAUCAAAAAACAAACUGAACUGAAAGAAUCGAUUUACCCAAUCUACCAGGAUAUUGCGUCUGACGUACAAAACAGAAUGAGUCAGUUAGAAAAAGAAUAUGGAGAUCUCUCAACAGCCAUAACAAAAUAUGGAGAGGACUUGCACAGAGAAAUUGACAAACUUGUCAAGAAACUAAAAGCUGAAAUUGAUGAGAUGAAAAACACACAGUUGAAAGCUCUACGGAAACAUCUGGUUGAAAUAAAGAAGACAAUUUCUGACAUCAAGGAUGAAAUCAAAUCCAUUGAUAGUGUUCUAGAUUCUACUCACAUUUCAAGCCUAUUUAAUGUGCCUUCCACACUUGAUGAGUAUAAAAAGCUUCCAAGAAAAAUUACAGUUUCCUUGCCUAAAUUUUCCUUGAAGAAAUUACUCACAGACCAACUGUUUAGUCUGAAAAUAAUACCCUUAAAAUCAGAUGAAUAUGGCUACAGCAUGAAGACAACACAGAAAUCACCAGAAGCUGGAUCCUCUCCUCUAGUCAAACAGCUACUUGAUCAACCAGAGACUGUCACCAUCAUAGACACUGGGUAUGAUAGAUGCCUUAAGAGUGUGGCCUGUCUGAGUGAUGAAGGAAUCUGGACAGGAGGAGAUGGCAACAACAUGAAACUCUACAGCAUCAAUCAGGGAUCACUACUCAAGUCGAUCGCAACCAAGUCAGGGAACACACCAUGGGACAUAGCAGUGACAAAAAGUGGAGAUCUAGUUUAUACUGAUAUCAAUGAUGGAACUGUGAACAUUGUGAAGAAUGAGAAGAUAGAGGAGGUGAUCAGACUACAGAACUGGAAACCUUACAAUGUCUGUAGUACCUCCUCUGGUGACCUCCUGGUUAUCAUGGACAGUGAUGAGAACAAACCAACAAAAGUUGUCCGUUACUGUGGCUCCACAGAGAAACAAACCAUUCAGUUUGAUGAUAAAGGUAAACCUAUCUAUUCAUCUGGUCUUUACAUCAGAUACAUAACGGAAAACAGGAGCCUGGAUAUCUGUGUGUCUGACAGUGAAGCUGAAGCAAUAGUGGUGGUCAAUCAGGCCGGGAAACUGAGAUUCAGGUACACUGGACAUACUCUUGCUCCAGAGAACAAAUCAUUCUAUCCACGAGGAAUCACCACAGACAGUCAGAGUCACAUCCUUACAGCUGAUUAUAACAAAAACUGUGUCCACAUAAUAGACCAGGAUGGACAGUUCCUCCGUUACAUAGACUGUGGACUGAAUGAACCCCAAGGAUUAUGUACAGAUACAAAUGACAAUCUGUUUGUUGCUCAAUUUGGAAACAGACAAGUGAGGAAAAUCAUAUACUGCCAUGAUGGAGAUCGCCAUUUAAUCAGAGAUUCCUCUGCCUGUAACCAUGAUGACCUCUGCUCAUUCAUGAACCCCCGUACCAGUGCCCAGGACGUGAUGCGAUGUGACCUGUGUGAGACCGCUGUGGUACAGAUGCAUUGUGAUACAUGUCUUGUCAACCUGUGUAAGGCCUGUUUGGGAGAACAUUUUUCUGCUGAUCUCUCAAAACCUCAUAAAAUUGUUGAUUUUAAGGACAGAAAGUCUACUCUUAUUCACCCCAGAUGCACCUCUCAUGGUGAGGAAACGUGUGAGAUGUACUGUACUCACUGUGAUGUUCCUGUCUGUUGUAUCUGCCUUGCAUCAGAUCAACAUCUCGGGCAUAAAUUAGUAAGGAUGCAGGAAAUCCGAGACGAGAAAAGGGAUAAACUCAUCAAAAAACAAACUGAACUCAAAGAGAAGAUUUAUCCAACCUACCAGGAUAUUGCCUCUGAUGUACAAAGCAGAAUGAGUCAGUUAGAAAAGGAAUAUGGGGAUCUCUCAACAGCCAUAACAAAACAUGGAGAGGACUGGCACAGAGAAAUUGACAAACUUGUCAAGAAACUAAAAGCUGAAAUUGAUGAGAUGAAAAACACACAAUUACAAACUCUCCAGAAACAACUAGGUGAAAUAAGCAAGAAAAUUUCUGAGAUUAAAGAUGAAAUCGAAUCAAUUGAUAGUGUUCUAGAAUCUACACACAUUUCAAGCCUAUUCAGUGUGCCUUCCACACUUGAUGAGUAUAGAAAGCUUCCAAGAAAAAUUACAGUUUCCUUGCCAAAAUUUUCCCCGAAGAAAAUACAGGCAGACAAACUGUUUAGUCUGAAAACAAUUCCCUUAAAAUCAGAUGAACAUGGCUACAACAUAAAGACAAGUCAGAAAUCACCAGAAGCUGGAUCCUUUCCUGCAGUCAAGCAACUGCUUAAGGAACCUGAGACUGUCACCACCAUAGACACUGGACCGUAUAAUGACCUUCUCAAUGUGGCCUGUCUGAGUGAUGAAGAAAUCUGGACAAGUAGAGAUGACAGCACCAUGAAACUCUACAGAAUCAACCAGGGAUCACUACUCAAGUCAAUCACAACAAAGUCAGGAUACAAACCCUAUGAUAUAGCAGUGACAAAAAGUGGAGAUCUAGUUUAUACAGAUUACAAUGAUAAAACAGUGAACAUUGUGAAGAAUGAAAAGAUAGAUGAGAUUAUCAGACUACAGAACUGGAAACCUCGAGGUGUCUGUAGUACCUCCUCUGGUGACUUCCUGGUUAUCAUGCACAGUAAUGAUUACACACAAACAAAAGUUGUCCGUUACUUUGGCUCCACAGAGAAACAAACCAUUCAGUUUGAUGAUGAACGUAACCCUAUUUAUUCAUCUGGUGGUCAUUACAGAUAUAUUACUGAGAACAGGAACCUGGAUAUCUGUGUGGCUGAAUGUGGACCUAAAGCAGUAGUGGUGGUCAAUCAGGCCGGGAAACUGAGAUUCAGGUACACUGGACAUACUCCUGCUCCAAAGAACAUACCAUUCAAUCCACGUGGAAUAACCACAGACAGUCAGGGCCACAUCCUUACAGCUGAUGAUAACAAUGACUGUGUCCACAUCAUAAACCAGGAUGGGCAUUUCCUCUGUUACAUAGACUGUGGACUGAGUGGACCCUGGGGUCUGUGUACAGAUACAAAUGACAAUCUGUUUGUUGCUCAGUGUUUAAACAAACAAGUGAAAAAAAUCAAGUACAUGUACUGCUGAUGAGAUUAUCCAUCACUGAAUAAACAUAGACCACAGAACAGAAUAUUUAUUUUGGAUUCAAUACUUCACAGUGUGUAAACUCUUACAUUUAAAAAAAAAACAAAAGAAAUACUAGUAGGACAUAUGUAUUCUUGUCUUCAAAUUUGAGAUCAUGAAACUGUUUGUUUAUUUGUUUUCAGUUAGUGGCUAUUGGUACUUUGUGGAACGAAACAGUAUCAAGUAG